AUGCACGCCAAGGCCGUUGCUCUUUCCCUUGCCGCCGCGGCCGUCGUCCGCGCUGAUCUCCGCAUCAACAACAACGACAUUCCCCAGGACUGCUCUGCCAUUUGCCGUCCCAUCCGUGACCUCGGCAACAUCUGCACCGUCAACUUCAACAUUGGCCAGGGCAACAACAACAGCGACCAGGUUCAGGAUGAGCUCGACGCCCAGUGUGUCUGCACCAACAACUCCUUCGACCUGAAGAACUUGGCUCCCCAGUGCAAUGCUUGCAUGAUCGAGAAGGUCCCCCAGGACCAGCAGCGCAGCCUUGAGGGUAUUCAGAGCAUCAUGAACGUCUGCGAGCUUCCCAGCGCCAGCGGCUACGCCUCUUCCUCCACCAGCGUUGCCAACACCGUCAUCGUCCUCGCUACCCGUCUGACUGCCAGCUCCCAGCUGACCACCACCUUCGGCGGUGGCCAGGCUACCCAGCCUCCCUCCAGCCGCACUCGCUCCAGCGAGCGUUCCACCAUCACCACCACCUUCCUCACCUCCGGCAACGGCGGUCUUCCCUCCAUUGCCACCUCCACCAUCGUCGGUGGUGGCCGCCAGACUGGCAACGCCGCCCCCGGCCUCGUCGCCCCCGGCAGCAACGGCCUGCUCGGCGCUGUUGGUGCCAUCGUUGCUGGCGCUUUCGCUCUUGGUGCCUUCAUGCUCUAA